AUGAUUAUUACAGGUGAUGAUGUUGAUGGAAUUAAUGAGUUGAAAUUACAGUUAGCUAAAAGAUUUGAGAUGAAGGAUUUAGGCCCUCUUCGCUGCUUCUUAGGGAUUGAAGUUGCUUAUUCUCCUAAGGGCUAUCUCUUAUCUCAAUCCAAGUACAUUGCAAACAUUCUUGAGCAAGCUCGUCUCUCUGAUACUCGAGCAGUAGAUAGUCCUUUAGAGUUGAAUGUGAAAUAUGUUCCCUCUGAUGGGAUUCCUCUACCGGAUCCUACUUUGUACCGUACUUUGGUUGGAAGCUUGGUAUACCUUACUAUUACUAGUCCUGAUAUUGCUCAUGCAGUGCAUGUCGUUAGUCAGUUUGUUGUUUCUCCCACUACAAUACAUUGGGCAGCCGUGCUUCGUAUUCUCCGUUAUCUUCGGGGAACUCAAUUUCAGAGUCUUUUGUUUCCGUCAUCCUCUUCCUUAGAGUUACGUGCUUACUCUGAUGCUGAUUGGGCUGGUAAUCCUACUGACCGUAAGUCUACCACAGGCUUUUGUAUUUUUCUUGGAGAUUCUCUCAUCUCUUGGAAGAGUAAGAAACAAGACAUCGUUUCCCGCUCUUCUACAGAAGCUGAGUAUCGUGCUAUGGCAUCUACCACUACUGAAAUAGUUUGGUUGCGUUGGUUACUUUGUGAUAUGGGUGUGCCUCUUUAUGAACCAACCCCUAUGUACUGUGAUAACAAGAGUGCCAUUCAAAUUGCGCACAACUCUGUCUUUCAUGAACGUACCAAACACAUUGAGAUUGAUUGUCACUUCACACGUCACCAUCUUCAACAUGGUACCAUUACUUUGCCGUUUAUUUCUUCCUCCUUGCAGAUUGCUGAUUUGUUCACGAAGACGCAUUCUACUAAGCGUUUUCGUUUCUUAAUUGACAAACUCUUGAUGCUUCAUGUUAACACAUCGUGA